UGCUCCUCUCGCCUCAGAUUUAGGAGCUGCUUUCUGAUCAGCAGGAAUAUUGUGGAGAGCUAUCACCCCAGCCAUGCACCCCGGGACCCCUACAGCCUCUGCAGUCUCUGAGCCCAGCCCUCGGGAACUGUGUGCCUUCGUGAGUGGGGCAACCACCCACAUGCUGCGUGCCCUGCACCCUCGGCGGACCCGGACCCCCAAAAGGAGACCCAACCACAGGAGGUUUCUGCACAACCAGAUCUGCAGGCAGUUUGCCAAGAUUGAAGCUGCCACCCGGCGCCUGGCGCUGUCUAUCCUAUCCCAGGAGGCACCUCCCCAGAGACCUGCGCCCCGGAGGCCGCCCCUGCCGCCUCCAUCCCCCUUCCUGGGGGUGGCCUGUGCUGUGGCCCCCACUGAGGCACCCUACGCAGGCCCCAGCCUGAGCCUCGCGGCCCUGGACACCUCCACCCUCGACCUCUUUGAUGACAUUGCACUCACCCCCGAGUGUCCCUCAGGGCCAUCUGAGUUGUCCCUCUGUGCUUGGGGCCAGCCAGACCUGAGGUCUUGUUUAUACGAUGCGGGUGGCCGCUACCCACCUGCCCAGCUGGAGUUCGCGUUCUCCGCACCCACGGCGCCGCUCCGCCCCGGGCCCGCCAUUCACGCCCUUCCCGGCUCCCCAUUGUGUGCCCGGCACCGCCCCUCCACGGAGGGCCAAACAGCCUCGCCUGUGGAUUGGCCGGCCGCAAGGGCGGGGCAGAGCUUGGCGAGCGCCGAUUGGGUGGCUCGGCCUGGAUGGGCGGACGCGGAUGGCGCGGGGGCGGGCCACGUGUGGCGACCCUACAAAAAACGGUGA